AUGUCGUGGCAGGAGAUUGAUCCGGGACGCUAUGAGCGUCCCUUUGACACGAUUGAGCGCAAUUUCUGGGACAUCGCAGCUUUCGGCUCACACUUGAAGAAACAGCACUACCUUAUUUCCAGCGCAGUGCAAUUCAAAAACUUACCAUCAGUUACAGCUGUGAAACAGGCCUGGAUGAUGUUUCGUCAUAAACACCCGCAAAUUGCUGUCGUGCCGGAUGCGAACCGCCAGCAACUGGUCUAUACAGUCCCUUCACCAGAGGAUCUUGACGCAUGGGUCCAAGAGACGCUAUCAAUAUAUGCCGACAACGAAAGUCGCUCUGCCGAAGAUCUCACAGCUGAACUUUCGCCAUGCCAUCUCUUCAUGCUCCAUUAUCUUCCAUCCUCGCGUGAGCUGCUUUUUCGUACGCCGCAUUGGCGCACCGACGGGGUCGGCUUGAUUCAUCUGCAACAUGAAUUUUGCAGUCUCCUCGCCCAAGGUCCGUCAGGAACUCCUCUUGUGUUUGAUGGCUCAGAGAUAUCGCGAUUCCCACCCCCCAUGGAUAAAGUGACAGGAAUCCCCCUUAAAGUCACUCCCCAGAUGAGCCAGGCGGCUGACAGACAAUCUUGCAUGCCGGCCUCGUUCAGAGAGGCCCUAUCUAGCACCUCACCAGCGGCUCCCCGACGUAUAGGAACACAUUUCACACGCGAUGUGAGCCAGCAAAUCAUCACUGCCAGCAAGGCGCGAGGCGUAACCAUCACAACAUCCGUACACGCUGCAUUAGUGAAAGCAAUGCUACCUCACGUCACCGCUUCUGACGGCAGACUGAUAGGUUUUGGCUCAUUUGACAUUCGCGGCCUUCUGCCUCAGCCGUGGAAUGGUGUAGCCGGAGGAGCCGGCUUGUAUCUCGCAGGCAAGCCGAGCAGCAUCGAGUUCACCAAUAUGAAGGAAUUUACCUCAAUUGCUGGUUACCUAACUACUUACUACCAACGGAGAGAUUUGCAGCAACUUCUAGAGUCCACGGCGGAUUGUGUUUCACAGGUCGGUGCGAUACUGGCGGCACCCCCGGAGGUAAUGCUUGAUGCGCCGGGUGCUGCUCACCCAGAACUCAGCUCACUAGGAGUUAUUGAGCAGCGGCUGCCGAGUAGGUACACAGGUGCCACAGCCAUACUUGAAAUUGAGAACUGGUGGCUCGGUGUUGACAUCAUUAAUCGGGUGUUGCAAAUGUAUGUCUGGACGCGCGAUGGUCAGUUGCACCUGACAUGUCAUUACAACGAAGCUUUUUACGAGCGCGACUUUAUCAAGCGGUUUCUGGAAGAGUGGGAAGCAGUGUUGGUCACGGAGCUGAUUUUUUGA